AUGGCGGACCCAUUUGAAGUUCGCAUGAAAUUCUCACAUCAACUUCAGCAUCUCAACGCCUCGGUCACAUCAGCGCAAAAGGCCGCCCAGUAUGCUCUUAGGUACAAGGAACUGGGAGAGGACUUGCACUCAUGCAUACUGGAGCAAAUCGAGCGGGUUCGGAAUUCAUCUCCCACUAACAUGAACACCCGAGCCAACAUUAUGUACUUCAUUGAGCACUUCCUCGAGAUGGCACAGAAGGAUGGCCAUGUGGACUACAUCCGCUUCUUACAGAGAGACAUCAUAAGAGUUGUUGAUGCCGUCGCGCCCGACGACGGCUCUGGUGCGGCUAACGUCAAAGUCGUCAGAAGGGUCCUUCAAGGCCUGCAGUCCAAAGACUUCCUCCAACCACAGACCGUGACAGAGAUCAACGAGGUGCUCAAAGAGCGGGAAACCUCCAAUAUGGACAUCGUCAUGUCCAGCCCUGUUAACAGCACGAACCCUGGACUAGGCGACAUGCCGCCUUCACAGACGAUCCCAAAGCCCGGUAGCACGCCCCGGCCGCCCCGGCCCGACAAGAAGCAGAUCGAGCAGCGCAUCGAGGAGGACCGCGAGCGGCAUAAGCGGUUGCGCGAGAGCAUAUGGGCCGUGCCCACCGAGCCCGCGGACGCCGAGAUGUGGAAGAUGUGGGAGGAGACGAGCGACCUCGGCGACGACGAUCUACUCAUGGCCAAGGAGGAGGAGGAGGAGCGCCAGAGGUGUGUCAGGGACAGCUGCUCCCAUCAGAGAGACGAGGCCGCCAGAGAGAGGAAUGGGCAGACGAAUGGGAGACAUGCGUGA